AUGAACGUUCAUUCGAAGGCACAAGCGGGAGUGAAUGCACCAGCAAGUCUGCAAGGACCAGAGUCCGAUACCAGCGAUGCACCCUUUGCUGCAGGCGAUGAGCCGACACUGAAGAAGAAAAAGAAGCUCUUAAACGGCACCGACAUCAAGUUCACUUUUCCCAGUGGCGCCACGUAUGAAGGCAGCUUCAAGGAUGGAAGGAUAGAAGGAUAUGGGAUCUAUGCCUACGCCAAAACUGGUGACGUCUACGAGGGUGAGUGGAAAGCAGACCUCAAGCACGGUUAUGGCCGCUACACCUUCGCGAACGGGGAUAAGUACGUAGGGCAGUGGUACAUGGGCAACAAACACGGAAAGGGGCAGUUUGCUUUCUUCAAUGGCGACGAGUAUGUCGGCUCCUGGAAGGAGAAUCAGAUGAAUGGGUAUGGUGUCUUUUUGCUCGCCUCCAAGGGCGACCGCUACGAAGGCUAUUGGAGAGAGGGCAUCCGGCAAGGGCAAGGCUCUCUCUACUACGACAACGGUGACUUGUACGACGGCGAGUGGUGUAGCGGCCUCCAGGAUGGUCUCGGUGUGUUUUGCCAAUCGAACGAUGACUUGUACUGUGGCCAGUGGCAUGACGGGACGAUGGACGGAAAAGGUGUCUUGCGAGAGAAGGGUAUCCUCUUCCUUGUCGAAUACGUAGGGGGCUACCUUAUUUCAAAGCAGCGACAAAGCGAGGCGCUAGAUGAGACAGAAAAAGAGUGGGAACCGGCCUACCGACAUUAUCUCGCAUGGAUAGAGCAUCACCAAGGGCCAGUCGCGCCAACGCGAUCGCGGAAGGAGGAGGACAGGCUGACCAGCGAGCUUCAAGCAGCCCACGCCGAAAACAGCAUUCUCCGCAAGCGCUUUGACGACCUACUUGCUCUGCAUCGACAGACAGGUCGCUCAGCCAACGCAGGCGGCGAGUCACAUCCUACAUUUCAUUCUGCUGCUCUAGAGGAGGCUGGUGCAGAGUACUGGAAGGAAUCGAUGCUGAAGGUGGAAAGCAAGCUAAAGCUACUUGAGUGCACACUUGCUGAACGCGUCGUGGAACUGCGCAAGCUUGGUGAUCAGCUCAAAAGCAGGGAUGCUAGAGUGCACGAGCUGGAGCUUGAAAAAGUGACACACAAGCUGGGGCUUCAUGGCGCAAAGCAUAGAAGUGCAAAUGAAACGUUACCAUUCGAAGCACCAACACAAUCUGCACAGCAAUCACCUACGGAAAUGGACACUAUUGACGCCGAUGAGGUAGAGGAACUGAAAGAGAAAAACGCUCUGCUUACUCGUAUGAAUGAUGAGCUACAGCAGAAGGCGGCCUUUCUCGCAGCCGAAAACGCAAAGCUUACCUUGAAGGAAGAAGCUGCUGAAGACCAAUACAACAAACUGUUGGAGGAAAUGGUGGAGAUACGGGCGACUUUGGAGAAUGAGCGAUGUAUCAACAUGGAUAGUCAGCAGCUGAAAGCGAGUGUCACAGACGCAGCCGAAACAGAUUCAAAGCCCGGAGCAGCGCAAGCGCCUUCGCCUGUGUCGCUCUCGCUUACGGCUGAGAGAAACUUGGAAGCCCAAGAGCUCCAGCAGAGGCUCACCCAGGCAAAGCAGCUGAACAUCGACCUGAGGCUCAGAAUCGACAAACUGGAACGAACAACUCAGGCAAAACCAAACGAUCCAGGAUCCCCCUUUCCCUCCCAGGAAGCUGCUGGGCUCGCACGUGAGAACGAGGUGCUGCGCUCGUUAGCAGCAAGUUUGAAGACAGAAUUAGCGGCGAUGCACAGUGCUUCGAGCAAUGCAGAACAGAAGAUUACUCUUGCCCGCCAGCGACAGGUGGAGCUAGAGGAUGCGCUGAAGACAAUCACCCGCCGCAAAGCACCAAACCCGCAGCUACAGGAGACGCUGGAGUGGAAGUCUGAGCGAAUUGCAAGUCUGGAACUAGAAAACGCGGAACUUGCACGACUGUUGGAUGAGACUCGAGCAGACGCGGAGCAGAGGGCGGCAAUAUCAGCUGCAAUGAAACUGCAGCCGAGUAUUGAACCCAUGUCCGCAGGAAGCGCAGGAGGCGAGCUGGCAUCCGUGCAAAAGGAGGUGAAAAAGCUGCAGAGGCGGAUAAAGAAGCUCACUGCCGAGCGAAAUGAUGUGGCAGAGCAGCUGUACCAGUCACAAGUGCGGUUGGCCCGCAGGGAUCGGGCACUUGCUGCACUACAAGGCCAGCUAAUAGUGGUUGCCUCUAUCACCAACAGUGGUGGUGGUGCGGCAGUGGAGGGUUCGGCCACAAGAGUUGACGCCGCCGAUCCCACGAAGCUGGUGCUGUGUGACUGUGGAGAGGAGACAUUCCAUCAGUAUGACUUCUGCUUUGAUAAGGAUGCUUGCGUGGAGCAGCUCUUUGCUGAGCUUUGCGGUCCUUUGGCUUUUGUGUGGUCGGGCUACCAGUUUGCUCUUAUGACGGUCGGUGAGCUUCGCUCCGGGAAGAGUGGCCUCGUGAAAGACAUCCUUCCUUUCUUCACGAAAUACCUGUCAAAGGCCGCUGAAGAAGAUCCAAAGCGCUUCUUUUUCAGCUUUACUUACCGUGUCGCCAUCGUUGAGAUUUCGGCGCAUGGAGGCUUCGACUGCGCAUCUGGAGAAGCUGUCACGGAGGUGAACUACGAUUCGAACGGCUUUGUGCAGCCAAGGAACGUGCACUUCAUCGACUGCACAAGUGGUAGCAUUCCCAGUGUGGUCGAUAGCCUUCUUACCAAGCGGCGGCAACACUACAACGGCCGCUCGCACACCUGGAUCCAGCUCCAGUGUGUACGGACAAACGUUGUGCGGCAGUGCCAGACAAUUGGUAGACUCACCAUUUUCGAUUGGUGUGGGAGUGGCUCGCUUGCAUCACAGAGCAAGGAUAUUGAGAGCGCGCGCUUUGCGAAUGCGUCGAGCCAGGCAUUGCGAGGUGUUGUCACAGCGCUCGCUGGUAAACUACCUGUGAUUCCGUACACAAAGUCUGUCGAGGUAUCGCUGCUGUUUGACUUGCUCGGUGGCAACUCGGUAACUGCAGUGGUCGGCCGCAUCCGAUCUUCCGUAGAGCAUGUCGAGGAGACCCUUCGAACACUCCAUGUUCUGACUUCUCUGUUCGGUGUGCGCAACGGGCCUCUGCUGCCGGAUAAUCAAACAAGCGAUGAGAUUCGUUGGCGGGGCAUUGUUGCAGCGCUGGCCUCCGACCACCAAGCAGAGAGAGAGCUGCAGACUGUGGAAAACAUCCGAGAGUGCUAG